AUGAAGCCAGUUACGUCUGAUCCUGUCCAGAUUAUUUUGAAUAGAACAUAUAGACCAACAUUAUCAAUUUUAGGAAGGUAAAAAAAUGAAGGUUGUUGUGUGCUAAAAUAAUAAAUGAGAAAAAUUUAAAAUAGAUGAUAUUUAGAUUGAUUUGUGAAGUGAAUUGAAGAGAGAUAGAAGAAAAGCUCAUAGAAAUACAACAAGAUAAAAACGUUUAUAUAUGGGAUAAUGAAGAUGAGAGAGGGUAAUGCUGAGAUUCAGCGUUAAGGUAAUAAAUAAACAAUUUUAGGAUGCCAAAUAAAUAAAUUAGAUAAUUAUGUCAGCUAUAAACGCAUAAAUGACUAGCCGUCGUCCAUAUUAGCUCCAAGAGUUUAUAUUUUGGAUUUCCGACCUGAACCACUUGUCCAAGAAAUCAGCUCCCUAGGGCAGAGCCACCGUCUGUAAGGUGCCCAAUAAUCCCGAUGAGAAGGAUUCAAGUGAUAGGAUAGCCCAUCUAGCAGGACAGAAAUCUUCCGGGUGAAAAAACCACCCUGUUUCAGAAGGGUUCCGAUUGAGAUGGUCUUCUUAACUCACGAAGAACUCACUUUCAUCACUCAUCGCACCUGGCCGCUCCAUCAGGAGAAGUCAACGUCACAAUUCUAUUUCUUAGGAUGCCAAGGAAUACCUUCUUUGGAAAAUGCUGGAAGUUUAUUGAGGCCAAGCACAUCUUUAAGAUUAUCUGUUAAACGACUAGCCUAACUCGCAUCCGUCCAGAUUGCUCUUUUUCCGUGGAGGCAGAACGUUGGAGUUAAAAGGGGUCGUGAGCAAGACCAGAGGGAGUUUCUUUGUCAAUCGGGUGAUUUCCUAAAAUGAUAUAAGUUAUCCCAAUCAAACUCUUACAUCAGGCGUUGUAUCCCGGCUACGAGUUCCAUUUUGGUCGAAAAUCCGACUAUAAAAUUUAUUUUUUUUGAAUUUUCUGGAAGCAAACCAUUAGCGCAUGGCAUGAUGACCAACGAUUCUGACUCUCAGAUAGUGAGUUCAAGCCCUAAUGCGUGAGGAGCGACACAUUGAAGGCCGUGCCCGAACUGAAAGCAAGCUGCAGGGGAAAGUGGAGUGAUUAGUACACCCUGCAGAGAUCAUUUCGAUAAGUAAUUUAGGUUAAGAUUAUCUGUUAGACUUCCUCCUACAGUAGAUUGCAACUUAGCUGCUGAAAAAUUAGUCGAAGCAUUAACUAGAGAUCCACCAUAUGGAGCUCAUAUUGAAAUAAAGCACCCUAUCGAUAAAGGAAGUGGAUGGAAACAAAAUAACUUAGAAUCAUGGCUAAAACAGGCUUUAGACUCUGCUGGACAAAAUUUCUUCGGCACCGACUGCCUCUUUUACAACCGAGGAGGAAGCAUUCCAUUUUUAAAUUUGCUUGGCGCUGAAUUCCCAUCCGCUCAAUUCAUGGUUGCAGGCCCUGCAAGCACAGAUAGCAACACUCAUUCCGCGAAUGAAAAUUUCAGAAUAGACUAUAUGAAGAAAAUAUUAUGCUGUGUUAGCGAAGUAUUAUAUCAUCAUGGAAGGCAAAUCAAAACCACUUAA